AUGGACGCUACACGACGAGUCUUAUGUAACAAUCAUGAAUUGUUCAAUCCUAUGCUCGCCAUGGGAAUGCAGAUUUCCUUAAUCCUUGUUCUUUCUCAUCUUUUUCAAAUUGUCUUGAAGCCACUCGGUCAGCCCGGACCCAUUUCUCAGAUUCUGUCCGGUUUCGUGUUGGGUCCUUCUUGUAUAUCUCGUAUACAGUACAUUAAACGUGUGUUUUUCCAAGACAUGUCUGGUGAUUACUACGAAACAAUGGCAUUAUUUUCUCGAAUAAUUUUCAUGUUCUUAAUCGGACUCGAGACCGACAUAGGUUACCUAGUUCGAAACCUACGUUCCGCAACUACAAUCGCGGCCGGCGGUUGCAUAACAUGCACCAUCUUUGCGGCCGCGAUAACACCUUUCAUAUACCACCAAACCGCCGCCCACGGUCCGACUUUCACUAUGGUCUUGAUGCUGGCGGUUGUCUUCUCGAACGCGGCCGCGCCAUUCGUGAUUAGAAUCGCGGUGGAGCUUAAGUUUGCGACGACGGAUUUCGGUAGGUUGGUUAUUUGUUCAUCGUUGAUUAGCGACAUGUACGCGGUUUUGUUGGUUGUGAUUAGCUCGAGGUCGAAGCAUAGUCGGUCUUUGAUGACAUGGUUACUAUACGGGUUACUCGCGUUGGUUCUUGUUAUAGCGGUUAUAGUGGCGAAUAUGUAUUUGACGAAUUGGUUGAACAGGAAGAACCCUAAUGAGAAACACUUGAAGAACACGGAAGCGUUUAUUAUUCUUUCAAUCAUUGUGAUAACCGCGAUGAUUAUUGAGUAUAUGGGUUUUAAUAGUAUGAUUGCUUGUUUUUUAUUGGGGUUGAUGUUUAGAAGAGCUGGGAAAACUACGAGGACUUUGUUGCCGAAAUUGAAUUAUGCGGUUCAUAACUUUAUAUAUCCGGUUUAUUUAGGGUAUGUCGGGUUUCAAGCUGAUAUUACGAGUAUAAAUAGUUUGCAAGGUUUGUCUUGUGUUGUGGUUGUGGUUUUGUUGGGUCUUGGAGGGAAGAUUACGGGAACUUUGGCGGCGUGUCAUCAUCUUGGAAUUUCGCUAAGGGAAGGGGUUCUCUUUGCCUUUCUUAUGAAUGUUAAAGGACAUGUUGAUCUUGUUGCAUUGUCAAUUGGUCUUCAAAAUAAAGUAAGUCUUUUUACUUUAGAAAACAGUUUAUUACUUAUAAUGCAGAUUGUAACAAGUCCCGAUUUUUAUCCAUUGAUGGUUGUAACUUUAGUGGUUAACACAUUAAUAGUCGGACCAACAAUAGUCUGCAUGGUUCGAAGAGAAACCGACACUUUAGGUUACGGCCAUCUUUCACUCGAAUGGCAAGAUCCAGAAGUCGAACUAAGAAUGUUAGUAUGCGUUCACGGACCACGCCAUGUUGCAACAAUGGUCGGACUCAUAGCGGCCUUACGAGGCCCCGACCGAGGCCCCGUAAACGCAUUCAUGAUGCAUCUAAUCGAACUCCCCGAAAAAACCAACACCGACCUAAUGUACCACCAACGAGAAGACGACGAGCUAAGUGACGACGAUGCCUACGGAGGAAACGACGUUGUCGAAAUCAACCAAGCCGUCGAUAACUUCAACGCGGAAACCGGCGUUUUAAUUCAUCAAACAAAAGCCGUCUCCCCAUUCUUAAACAUGCAUUCCGACGUUUGCGAUCGAGCAGAGGGAAUGCGCGCGUCAAUGAUCUUCCUCCCAUUUCACAAACAUAGAAGAAUCGACGGGAGGAUGGAAACGGGGAAAGAUGGAAUUCGAACCGCGAAUCAGAAAGUUCUACGUCACGCGAAAUGCUCUGUCGCGAUUCUCGUCGAUCGCGGUAUCUCGCGAUCGUCGCAAUCGUCGGGGGCAGAGUCUUUGCAGCAAGUGGCUACUUUGUUCUUUGGAGGACCGGAUGAUCGUGAAGCAUUAGGGUUUAGUAAACGAUUGGGCAUGCAUCAUCAUAUGAACUUAACUAUUAUUAGAUUUUUACCGGAAUCAUCGAAAGGUGGACAAUAUGUCGGUGUUAAUAUUGCACAUAAAGAGGAUAACGUUGUUAUGGCGGUUACUGAUCGAGAAGCCGAGAAUGAAGCCGACACUGCCAUGCUUACCGAUUUCUACAACAGGUAUGUGACGACGGGAAUAGUGGGAUAUGUGGAGAAAUACGUUGAGAACGGGAAUGAUACGGCGUCGGCGUUGAGAGAAUUGGCGGAUUUGUAUACUUUGUUUAUUGUGGGAAAAGGUGGAAGAGGACAAUCGCCAUUGACGAUUGGAAUGAGCGAUUGGGAAGAAUGUCCAGAGUUGGGGACAGUUGGAGAUUUAUUGGCGUCUUCAGAUUUUGAUACGAGUGGUUCUGUUCUUGUUGUUCAACAACAUAGAAUAUCGAAGAAUGAGGAUGAUAAAUAAUAGAUAAUUAAUUUAGAUAGAAAAAACAACAUUUAUAUAUUUUUUUCA